CCACGGUCCAUUUUGCCGAUUUUCCCAGCCGUUUUUGAGAUAUUUCGAUGUGUAAAUAUUUAUUGGUUUUAAUUUACCACUUAAGAGCCUCCAUAAGAAGCAAUGUAUUGCUAUCGGAUUAUGCUGCUCGAUGCAAUGUGCUUUGUUUUAGUUUUCAUUGUAAUUUUCAGCUUCCUAUUAUUUGACACGGGUUCUUCUGGUAAUAAAGUGGGUUUAUAUGUUACACAGUCGACAUCUCUGAUGCAGUGGGGAAUCAGGCAUUCGUGCGAAGUUGCAAAUCAACUGAUAUCUGUCGACCGAAUUAUUGAAUAUACCGACUUAGAAUCCGAAAGACAGCUAAAAAAAACAAAAUCACAAAUGACCCAAUCUUGGCCUAGCGAUGGUCGUAUCGAAUUUCGCAAUGUCACAUACAAAUACGCAUAUGAAAUCGAACCGGUGUUGCAUCAGAUUUCCUUCAAAGUGUUGCCAAGAAAUAAAAUAUGUGUCGUGGGUCGCACCGGUGCAGGAAAGAGUUCAAUCAUUGGGGCUUUAUUCAGAAUGGCCCAUGUAAAAGUUUUAAUUGAAAUAGAUGGAGUAGACACAUCAACAAUCGAACUAAAUUUGCUUCGAUCGAAAAUUUCAAUUAUUCCACAACAGCCAUUCCUUUUCUCCGGCACAUUAAGACAAAAUCAGGAUCCAUUCAACCAAUACACCGAUGAUGAAAUCUAUAAUGCCUUGGAUGAUAUCAAAAUGCGGCACAUUGUCAGCGGUAACCAAGGUCCCGAUCUAACUGUUCUAGCAAACGGCGGAAAUUUUAGCAACGGUCAACGACAAAUAUUGUGCUUAGCCCGAGCCAUUUUAAAGAAAAAUACAAUUUUAGUUCUUGAUGAAGCUACAGCGAAUGUGAAUGCACAGACCGAUGAAAUAAUUCAACAGACAAUUCGAUCAAAAUUUGCUAAUUGUACGGUUUUCGCGAUAGCUCAUAGAUUGAAUACAAUAAUUGACUAUAAUCGAGGGCUUGUCAUAGAUGGCGGGAGAUCUGUUGAAUACGACACUCCAUACAAUUUACUCACUAAGCCCACAGGAUAUUUCAAUGAAAUGGUCCAAGCACUUGGACAUAAGGAGUUUGAUCGGUUUUUAGAAAUUGCCAAAUCGAGAAACGCCUUUGAAGUAAUCAACUCAUAGGAACCAA